CAACAACAGUAAACAACAACACAUGCUGCCAGCAGUUUGAUACAACUUUAUAUUAUAAUAAGCUAAGUCUAGGCUUGGCUCUACUCUAACUCUACUCUCCAGGUAUUGUUUAUUAAUAUUAUGGCAGACCAUGUAGGCCGAACUUCAAAGUCCUGUUAUCACAGUGUUCCAAAGUUUUCCAAGUUACAUCCAGUUAUACCAAAACGAUAUGUGCCAGAGUGGAAGACUGAUAUGAGAAACAGAGAACUUAUUGUAAAGAAUUGUGAAAUGAGUGGAAUCAUCUCCAAAGGUCCUCACGAUGAGAGCUUAUAUCUAGAUAAACGAGAACGAAUGAACAAAGUUGAGCCCAGGGAACGAGUCGAGGUGAAGAAACCUUCGUACGACAGAUACACCGCUCUUCGACCGGAGUUUCACACAGGACAGUCAAAAUACCAAAGCAGUUUGAUGUUUAGAACAGAUGAUGUCUUUGACCAUCAACAGUAAUUCGUAUUAUAUAAUAAUUUUUAACUUGAUUGGACUAGAAUGUGAAUAAUGAAAUUUUGAACACUGGCGUAUUUCUUAUAUUUUUGUAAUUUCAUUUUUAUAUUCAGAUAGAAAUGCAUAUAAAUAUUAGUACAGGUAUCUUUGUACACACAGUAAAACAAAUUCUUUCGUUUUGUUUGUUUACUUUACUUUACGUUUUUGUGUUUAUUCAGCAGAUUCAACUUGGUAUUUAAAAAAUAAAAUCGACCCAUCUGUUGAAACAGUAAAACAGAAAAAGAAAUAUAGACAGAACAAUUUGCUGUAUUUUAAAAUUAAAAUCUACCCAUCUGUUGAAACGAAUAAAAUUGUAAAACAGAAAAAGAAAUAAAGGCAUCAUGUCACCAAUUUGCUGCGUACCUAUUCCAUUCAGUGUUAUCUUAGGCUUUUGCUAUAUCUCCCGGUGCAUUGUAAUUGACCUUACUCCUAAGCCCCGCCCCUUGGAUAUUGUUGCUAAGGUCCCACAAAUCAAUCACGUAAAUCUGAGAGCAGUCAUAUUACAUAGUAAGACUGCUUCCUGAUGUAAAUGUAUGUAAACAUGUGCGACUGUGAGACAAGACGUGUUUUUUUGGACACGCAAAUAUUCCGGGCACUGUUCUGAUUGAUAUAUUUUGUUUGAUAAUAGAGAAAUCUUUGAUUGACACCCCGACUCAGAAAGGUCAAUUGGAUCAUAGAGAUAUUGGAUCGACGGGCACAUAUUGUAACCAUUAUGUUUUAGUAAUGUGGUGUGUAUUUAUUUUUGAUCUACAAUUGUUUACUUUUUCUAAAAUUCAAAUAAAUUCAUUUCACUUGUUCACAAUAGUAUAACAAGAAUAAAUAAGUGCAGUAGGUAAAAUUCUAUUAGUGUACAUGAAAGAAUAAGUGGUGACAGGCGACUUUUUGAAUUACCUCAUAUUUUCACACCAAAAGGCAUUAAAAAAAUGACUAAAUUGGACAUUCAAAAGAGAUACAGAAAACAGAAAUAACAUUUGGCAGAAUGGAUUCAAAAUAUGGCUUGACACUACAGCUGUUAAUUCCACAAAAACAAAAUCAAAGGGAUCUAAUAGUUUACUGAAAAACCACUGUAAUGGGAUGCGGAUUAUGAGAUAAACUGCUAAAUAUUACAAAUAUAGGCUUAUCGUAGAGACAAGAACAUCAUAAUUGCUGUAUGUUAAGUUUAUUUUAAUCAAUUUUUAAAUAUUUUUAAUGUGAAACUGGUGAGUUGGAAACACGGACUUUUUUUUUUACAGCGAUUAGGUUCGCUUUUGUUUUUCCUGCCAACUUCUCGUGUUUGUUUGUGCUGUUUGUGUUGUUUUGGCAAUAAAGAUAAUAAGAAUGUUUUAAGGAAAA